AUGCUCAGACUGAAACUUCAACAAAAUAUCGUGACAGCGUCAUUGAAGAGAGCAUACACAACUUCAACAACUACGCAAGGUAGCUCAGAAGCUCCAAAGGAAACUGAAUCAUGUACCAAGUUUUCACCAAUCAAAGAAUCCGCAAAGACUCUUCGUCAUCUAAGAUUCACAGUUCCAUUUGAAUACAACAAAGCUCAUGAAAUUCAAACACAGUUUGUGUCAGCGUUCUUGGAUUUCAAGAAAAUGGUAUCUACUAUUGAAAGAAGUAAUAAAGAACUGAUAAGUAAAGGACUUGAGAGUAAUGAUUAUGAAAAAAAAAUCAUUCAACAAAUAUUAGAUAAUAAACCAUCACCAACUGUUCUUUCAUUUGAAUUUAAACCUGUGUUCACCGCUGGUCAACGUGAAAAGAAGAGAUUAAGUCAAGAAAGUAUUGAUAACUUGAAACAAAACACUGGUUAUGAUUUUGUUCAAACUGAUAGAGGUGGAGAAAUUACAUUCCAUAAUCCAGGUCAAGUUGUUAUAUAUCCAAUUGUUGAUUUAAGAGAUUUUAAAAAAUUAACUAUAAAAUGUUUUGUUUCACUUAUAGAAGAUGCAGUUAUUGAAAUGCUAAGGAAGAACGGAAUCAAGAGUGAAAAAACGGCAAAUACAGGUGUUUGGAUCGAUGAAGAUACUAAAAUUUCUAGUAUUGGAUUACAAGUUAGAAGAUCUAUAACAUUCCAUGGAGUUUCAUUAAACGUUUCAAACGAAAUACCCAAAAUUGAGGAGUCUGGAUUGGUUUUCUGUGGAUUGCCAGGUAAAUCACAGACAUCAAUGAAACAAUUAGGCGUUGAUAUCUCUAUGGCUGAUGCUUCAAGACAAUUAGUUAGACAAAUUGCAAGUAAAUUAGGUGUUGAACAAGUUGAAACUAUAGAAUUAGAUAAUUUAGAAUUACAUACAGAUUCACCAGAACAACAAUAA